GAUGUCAGCGGCAGUGGAAACGAUGGACAUGCACAACGAUGUCCAGUACAAUGGAAAUGGAGAAAGAAAUGGUGUUAUUCGAGCUUUACUGACAGAUCUCUACCAGAUCACAAUGGCUUACGCAUACUGGAGAAGCGGGAAAAUGAACAGCGUUGCCACAUUCGAUCUGUAUUUCCGAAAGAAUCCAUUCUCGGGAGAAUUCACCAUAUUUGCUGGUUUGGAAGAAUGCAUGAAAUUUCUUGAGAAUUUCCACUUCACAUCUUGUGACAUAGAGUAUUUGAAAUCAGUUUUACCGAGUUCUACAGAACCAGAAUUCUUCGAUUAUUUGGCAAAUCUGACGACUAACGAUGUGACCGUGCACGCUAUAGAGGAAGGUACGAUUGUGUUUCCCAAAGUACCGCUGCUCAUUGUGGAGGGACCUCUGGCCAUUGUUCAGCUGAUGGAGACACCUUUACUCAACCUCGUUAAUUAUGCCAGUUUGGUUGCAACAAACGCUAUGAGGUUUCGUUUAGCAGCUGGUCCGAACAAGCAGUUGUUAGAGUUUGGAUUAAGAAGAGCUCAGGGCCCUGAUGGAGGGCUGUCUGCUUCUCGGUACUGUUAUCUUGGUGGUUUUGAUGGAACCAGCAACGUUCUCGCAGGCAAGAUGUUUGGGAUUCCCGUUCGAGGGACACAUGCUCACGCUUUUGUCACGUCUUUCGCCACUCUUUCAGAUAUCAAGGACCGGACUUUGAAACAGAAGGAUGGUUCUAGGGUGGUGGACUUCAUCGAUGUGUGUUCAAAGUGGUGCAGCAAGUUGGCCCCAGUCUUAGGAUUUCUCACGGACCAGGUGAAUGAAGGUGAACUGGCGGCGUUCGUCACAUACGCGCAGGCGUUCCCCAACGGCCUUGUCGCCCUCAUUGACACCUACGACGUCAUCAGAACGGGACUGCCCAACUUUUGUAUCGUCGCCAUGGCGCUACACGAACUUGGUUACCGAGCGAUAGGAAUUCGGUUGGACAGCGGAGACUUGUCGUAUCUGUCGACGACGGUCAGGCAGACGUUUAAGCUGGUUGCCGACACAUUUAAUGUGCCGUUCUUUGAGAAACUGAUGAUAGUUGCCAGUAAUGAUAUUAAUGAAGAAACGAUUCACUCUCUCAACCAACAGGGUCAUGAGAUUGACUCGUUUGGAAUAGGAACUCACCUGGUAACCUGUCAGAAACAGCCAGCGCUGGGAUGUGUGUUCAAGCUAGUUGAUAUUGAUGGAAAGCCGAGAAUAAAGCUCAGCGAAGAUGUUGAGAAGGUAACUCUGCCUGGGAAGAAGAUUGCAUAUCGGCUUUACGGAAACAAAGGCCCAGACAGCUCAACAGGUAAUGCGUUAGUUGAUUUAAUAAAGAAACCUGAGGAACAACCUCCGCAUGUUAACGAACGAACACUUUGUCGGCAUCCAUUUCAGGAAUCCAAGAGAGCGUAUGUGAUGCCGGCUAAAGUUGAGAAACUGCACAAAGUGUUUUGGGAUCAUGGGAAGCUGGUGCAGCCAUUACCAAGUCUAUCAGAGAUGAGAAUGAAAGCAAUGGAGUCGCUGAAAACCAUCAGACAAGACCACAAGAGAACGCUAAAUCCUACACCGUAUAAGGUUUCUGUGAGUAGUAAUCUCUACACAUUUAUACACGAGCUGUGGCUGGAAAGCGCCCCCAUUGGAGAACUUUCAUAAAUCAACGUGACAUACGGGUAUAUAUCACAUCCUGAUGAAUACUGCUGUACAAAUAAUCAACACAAACCAAUGUUUACAGUUUCCCAUAUAUAUUCCUUCAUUCAAAAAACAUGUGUGUCUAUUAUGGCCAUGACUGCCAGAUGGAAAAUAAAUGGAAAAACCUAUAUUUAUAGACUGAUUUCCAUAAACCCUGCUUUGAGCAGAUGGAAAAUAAAUAGCAAACCCAUAUUUAUAGACUGGUUUUCCCUAAACCCUGCUUGGAGCACAAAUUGUGUGUGUCUAUAUAUGGCCAUUUGUUGUGACUGCUAAAGACUGCUUCACAAACAAUAAGUAGAUGUGUUUCCAGUUAAGGGAAAAUACUGCUUCAAGGAUACACAGUUACAGGGCUCGAAAAUAGCAAGUAAAAUAUGGCCUGAUAUUCUUUUUUCUUUAAAUACAAGAUCAAAAGAGAUAUGUUCAGCUAAGAAAACAAUAUAGUCAGCUGGAAACAAAACGGCACAUUUACCAUAGUUUAACACCCAAUAGCCGAUGUAUUUUUCAUGCUGGGGUGUCAUUAAACAUUCAUUCAUGCAUUAAAAUGGCACAAGAUGUGACAAGAGUUUGGGAUAGUGUGUGCAAAAUUAGGACCUUUGUGUUGUAUUUAAGAGCAUUAUGGAAUUAAAAUGCAACAGAAUCUUGAGUUUAAUACCAGAUGAAAUAACAUCCGUCUCUUCCAAAAUGUUUUGUGCUUUCAGCAGGUGAAUUUCUAUGUCACCUGCUAGGUCUAAAAACUGCAGGCAGUUGUUUUCGAGCCCUGCUGUUAGGGAUGUGCAGUAUUAAUGAUAUGCAUACAUGUACAAUAUAUAUGUUAUGAUUCAGUUGGUAAAUAAUAGUAUUGCUAUGCACCCGACCUGUGUACUGGUAAUUUCCGUAUUUUAAGUUCACUAUCUGUCGGAAAAAACGCUCUUUUAGAUUCGACUACAGUGAAACCCCUAAAAACCGGACACCCUUGGGGCCAAUAAAAAUGUCCGGUUUAGAGAUGUUCAAUUAUGUACUGGUUCUUAAAGAGGGACUCUAAUAAAACGUCCAGUUUAGAGGGUAUUCUGGUUUACAGAGGGUCCGGUCUUGAGAGGUUUCGCUGUAUUUGUGAAUUAUUUUAACUGCAUGUGUUCAUAAGUGUGAUUCCAGCGAGUGCACCACGACUGGUAUAUCAAAGGCUGUGGUAUGUGCUAUCCUGUCUGUGGGAUGGUGCAUAUAAAAGAUCCCUUACUACUAAUGAAAAAAUGUAGCAGGUUUCC